UCGAAAGUAAGCAGUUAUUGUACUAGAUCAGGUGAAAAGUGGCGGUUUGAAGGAGGUCAUGAUUUGACCAGUGUGCUCAAACAAUUUCUUCGAAGCCUGCCUGAACCCCUCCUCACUGUUGAUUUGGGCCCUUCCAUUGAAUCCGCUUGUGAUCAGCUCUCGUCUGACUCAAGUGCUACUUGUGCCGAUCGUCGUCGGCGGUUGGCAGAACUCAUUCAUCGGGAGUUACCCCGUCCUAAUAAAUAUCUCCUUGCGUGGCUCCUGCAGCAUAUGACGCGGGUUAUUAACCGUGCCGGGGAUAAUAAGAUGACCCUAGCCAACUUGGUUAUUGUGUUCUCACCGACUCUCAAAAUGUCGCAUCGCUUUUCGCAUUGGCUGUUCCCUCAUCCGGUGUACACUUAUCGACCCUACAAGCCCCCCCUCCCACCACCGCCACCUUCUGCAGAUGCUGCUGGAAUGCCUCUUGACUUACCAGACAGUCUCUCUGACCUGGAAGAUGAACUUUUCAAACAGGAGUCCCUUCUGGCGUUUACACAUCAACAAAUUGCUUCGGGAAGGGCUAGUGCCGAGAAGGAUGCUUACAUUUGGGAGGUGAGUACGGUGAAUUUGUGA